CCUUCUAGGUACCACAAGAAACAAAUAUUCUUACAGGAGUUGGAUUCCCGCCUUAGGUUCACCCAUUUUCAACAGAUAGCAUACUAUUUUCUAAUUCAGUUUGGGAGUCACUAGAGAUAACAUGUCUGUGAUAGGAAUAGACUUUGGGAAUGAAUCUUGUUACAUUGCUGUGGCAAGAGCUGGUGGUAUUGAGACCAUCACCAAUGAUUACAGUCUUCGUGCUACACCGUCAUGUGUUGCAUUUGGAGAAAAUACAAGAAUUCUGGGAGUGGCAGCAAAGAAUCAAAUGGUGACUAACAUGAAGAACACAAUUUGGGGUUUCAAGAAAUUGCUGGGACGAAGCUUCCGAAGUCCUCUUGUCCAAAAAGAAGUUCAGGCAUUCCCAUUCCCUGUGAUUGAGAUGCCUGAUGGGAGCAUUGGUGUCAGGGUUUAUUAUGGAGGAGAGGAGCAAACGUUCUCCAUACAGCAGGUCACAGCUAUGCUCUUCACCAAGUUGAAGGAAAUUGCUGAAGCAGCUUUGCAUACCAAAGUGUGCGACUGUGUGAUCUCUGUCCCAUCUUACUUCACAGAUGCUGAACGUCAUGCACUACUUGAUGCAGCUGCAAUUGCAGGGUUUAAUGUUUUACGCAUCUUGAAUGAGCCUGCCGCUGUUGGUCUGGCAUAUGGGAUCUACCACCAAGACCUUCCUCCACCUGAGGAGAAGCCACGAAAUGUCAUCUUCAUUGAUUGUGGCCAAUCUACCACCCAGGUUGCUGUGUGCGCCUUCAACAAAGGGAAGCUGAAGAUGUUAUCAUGCUUGGCUGACCCAAAUCUUGGAGGACGAGACUUUGAUAAUGAGUUGGCUCUUCACUUCGCUGCUGAUUUCAAGAAACGCUAUAACAUCGAUCCCAUGAAUGAUAAGAGAGCUUGGCUUCGUCUUCUCACUGAAGUGGAGAAGCUAAAGAAGCAGAUGUCAGCCAACUCUAAUGAGCUCCCCAUGAACAUUGAGUGCUUCAUGGAAGAGAAGGAUGUUUCUGCUCGCAUGAAGAGGGCUGAUUUUGAAAAGCUAACAGAGAAUUUACUAAGGAGGGUUCACCAUCUGAUGAGAAGCUGUCUGCAAGAUUCAGGCCUGCGAGUGGAGGAUGUGCAUUCUGUGGAGAUUGUUGGGGGUUCAUCUCGAAUCCCAGCGAUCAAGCAAUCCAUCCAGGAAACGUUCAGGAAACCACCAUCUACUACACUAAAUCAGGAUGAAGCAGUUUCCAGAGGUUGUGCCCUUCAGUGUGCUAUGCUCUCUCCAGCAUUCAAAGUGAGAGACUUCAGUAUAUCUGAUGUCCAGAUGUACCCUAUCACCCUCAAAUGGCUUGGCCCUGAUAGUGAGGAUGGAGAGAUGGAAGUGUUCCCUGUAAACCACCAAGUCCCAUUCUCGAAGAUGUUGACUUUCUACCGUAAAGAACCCUUCACCCUUCAAGCGGUUUACUCUGGCAACAUUCCAUACCAUAACCCUGUGAUCGGGGAAUUCAAGAUUGACAACAUCACCCCAACUGCAGAGGGGGAGAGUCCGAAGAUAAAGGUGAAGGUGAGGGUCAACAUGAAUGGAGUGUUCAAGGUUGCCAGUGCAUCCCUGGUUGAGAAGAAGGGAGCAGAGGAGAUGGAGCAGGAUGCUGCAUCUCCAUCUGCCAUGGAAGAAACAGAAGAUGGCAAGACCCCCAAGUCAAACACCACUGUCCCAAAUACAAAUGCUGCCAGUGAUGAUUCCCAGAAGAAUGGUCCUGUAGGAGAAAAUGAUGUGCCGAUGGAUGAGAAGAAUGAUAAACAAGACCAGGAAAAACCCAAUCACAUGGAUGGGAAUGGGGCUGAAGAAGGGGAGACCAAACCCGAGCGGAAAGGGAAGAAAGCGAAACUUGUCUUGAAAACUGUCGACCUCCCCAUCACAUCCACUGUCUGUCAGUUGUCCAAGGAUGUGAUCAAUGACCUCGUUGAACGAGAGUCAAAAAUGGUAAUGCAUGAUCGCCAGGAGAAAGAGAGGAUAGAUGCUCGCAAUGCCGUCGAGGAAUAUGUGUAUGAGAUGCGCAACAGGAUUUCUGAUGACCUUCAGGAAUUUAUUGCUAGCAAUGACCGUGAGAAGUUCAUGCAGUUCCUGGAUGAGACAGAGAACUGGCUGUAUGAUGAGGGUGAAAACUGUAAGAAAUCUGUCUAUGUCACCAGACGACAAGACCUCCAGAAACAUGGGGAUCCAGUGGUUGCAAGAAAGAAAGAGUUCGAUGAGCGGCCGUUAUGCUUCGAUCAGCUGGGUGGAGGAUUGCAGCAAGUGAGGAAGGCCCUGGAUCUCUUUGCCCAGGGUGAUGAGAAAUAUAACCACAUAGAUGCAGAAGAUAUGAAGAAAGUGGAAAAGGCAUUGCAAGAGAAGGAAGCUUGGCUUGACAAAGCCUUUAACUCUCUCUCCAAUCUCCCGAAAGAGAAGAAUCCCCCCAUUUUGGCCCAGCAGAUCCGAGCUGAAAAACAGGCAUUGGACAAUGUCGUGAUGCCGAUCCUCAACAAACCCAAGCCCAAAGUGGAACCACCACCUGCGCCGAAAAGUGAAGGCGGCGAAGCGCCGAGUGCCGAAUCGCCUGCGUCGGAAGCACCCGAUGGAGCGAGCGCUGCCUCGAGCAAAAUGGACGUUGAUCAAUGAGACCUUCUUUCCCUAGGGCCCCUUAGGAUCUAUACGAGUGCCGCCGCGCGAUCGCUCCAUCGUCUCUGCUGGCGAUCUGUAAAAUUCCCAGUAUGUGCUUUCUUUGCCACUUUUUCUCAUCUUGCUAAAUUAUAAGUUUCUUAAAUUGUUUCUAAUGAGGCUUAAUGUAUUUCUUUUAUUCUAAGAAGGGAUGCAUGAGCCUAAUGUCCUGCAUUCUCUAUUGAUUGCAUGAUUUUUCUGUCUUAUCAUUUACUGUACCAGUGAAAAGUGCUGUAAAAACUUGGGAAACUCAUGCCAAUAAACAUGGAGCAAUG